GGCCACUGGCUAGCCAACAGCCAAAUUCAGUUCACUAACGACUUGACGACGACGGUUGUGUUUUUUCGCCGCUUUGUUUGCGAAAGUGUAUCGUGAAAUCGUGUAAAUUGCGUACUAACUUACUGAAGUAAAGACGUGCGUUUGUUAAGUUGUGGGAAAUUUAAGAAGUAAAAUUGAUGUUUGUGAAACAUUUGUGAAAUAAAUUUUCUAAAAUAUUAUUGAAAAUAACAAAAGUGUGUAAUCUGUAAAUUAUGGAAAUUUUUCUGAUUUGUGGCAAGUGGAAGCAAGUGUUUAAUUGCAAGUUUAUACAACUCUUUUCUAACUAAAAUGCAAAGUUAUGAAAAUUUUGCUAUAAAUUUGUUGUGAAAAAAAUUAAUAUUAUAAAAACUAAAAGUGUGUUGUAUCUGCAGCGAUUAAGAAAAAACUAUUAAUAAAGAAAUACAAAAAAAUUAACAGAAAUUAUUAACAAAAAAAAAUAAAAAAAAAACUGUUACUUUAAUUGUGUUUGCAAAAAUUAAAAUUUAAUACUUUAUUAGUGCUGAAAAAAAUUAUAUAAAAUCUACCACGAAAAAAUUUGCUACCACAAAACUUUGGCCGAUAAUUCAGCGAAAAUAGAAUUUACCGCACAAAUUUUCGACUAAUUUUGUUGUCAAACUAAAUUGCCAGCAAAAUACACAAAACUACAAUAACAAAAACAUUAAGCAAACUUAAAAUUGCCACAUUUCGUCAUCAGACCAAAAAUUGCCGCAUUGCAGCAGCAGCGUUUGCAUGUAGCUGCUCUGAUAUUUAUGCUUAGUAUGAUGUGUUAGUAAGAAUAAAUUAAAAAAAAAAUUUAAUUGCAAAAAAUUUUUACUUAAAGAAAACAUAAGUAAAAGUGUUACAAAAAAAGAUAAUUUUUUUAAUUUAAUUCAAAACAUUUGAAAAAGUUCAAAAAAAGUAAAAAAAAAUUUAUAAAAAAAUAAGUGAAAAAAAAUAUUUUUCGGUGUCUACAAAAAUUCCAAAGUGUUAAAAAAGUUAGUGCAAAAAAAAUUGUGUGCAAUGUGUUAAAAAAUAUAUAAGUGCAAGCCAGUAAAGUAAUUCAACGAGUACCAGGCAAUAUACAGGAUCUCGUGCAACAUUCAACACCUACAACAACAGCAACAUAUUCACCAUAGCACAAUGUACGCCGUCGUGUUGCUGUUUUUGACGCUGUCGCUGGGACUGACCAAAGGCGCCGUAUUACCAGUUACUUUCGACUACGACUGCAGUCAGAUAGAAUGUACAACGGAUACUGACAGCUGUCCGCCAGACAGCAUAGAAAGUGAGCCAGCGCCUGCAUUCGAUGUGCUGUAUGGACCCGAGGAGCUUAUGCCACCGCAUGACUUCUACGAUGAGGUGGAAGAUCUCGGCGAUGCGGUGGAGCAACACUUUGAUGAACUACCGAUGGAAUUGAGUGAUGUUACUGCGUUGCCAGUUGCAGCAAAUUCGACUUUAGGUCAGCUGUCCGACGAUAGAGCCACAAAAGACUUGGAGACUGAAAAAGGACCUGAACUUGUGCUGGUGAAGCGUCAGCUACACUUUGACAAUGGUCCUACCGAAGCCAUAGAUGAGCAUGAGCGCAUGUUACAAAUAUGUUGUCCGAGCAUGACACUUGAGAGUCUACAACGACGUCGGAGACGACGCUAUUCCAGUGUAGAAGAUUGCAAAUGCAAGCCCUGUGGGUCACUACCGCAAUGUGCGAACGCUGAGGUCGCCGUAAGAGUACACGAGGCUAAAGGUGUACCAGGUGACUGUUGUCCAACUUACGCCUGCGCGCCGAAAAGAGAAUGUAGCGAUGCUGAUGUCCAACCCUACUGGCGUGAUGCAUGCACACGUUGCAGUUGCCAUGGUGAAAAUGGACCUGAACUUUGCCACAAUGAGUGCCCCAUGAAUGAAAUGGGCGAGAUUGAAACACAGCACAGUUGUUACGCUGCCGAUUCGAAUGAGCCCAUGUUGCAUGGCAGCGAUUGGUAUGAGAACAAUUGGUGCACCAAAUGUCAUUGUGAAAAUGGUGAACGAGAAUGUGUGGGAAGCUUGUGUAUGCCCACCACUUGUAGUAACCCCGUAAAAGUACCUGGACAAUGUUGUCCACAGUGUCCAGUGGGCGUGGAAAAUGUAUUGAUUGCCCACGAGAACUCAACAGAUAUAAGUAAAUCAAGCCGAGCUGAAAAAGAACUGCAAAGUGAAUCUACAACCACAACAACUGUAGCCACAAUACUUGAUAACAGUACGACUAAAAACUCUUCGGAACCUGCAGCGCUAGCCACUUUCACUUUGACUUCCAUAGAAUCCAUGUCCUCAGAAUCUUCAACAGCGCAUAUUGCUCUCCAAAAUCAAUCAGCCAGUAAUGAAGAAAAAGCGGAACUUACAUACGCUUCAAGUACAACCACUGACGUAUCUACGACUAGCACAGAUGUCUCGGCGAGUACCACUGAGUCUACAACCACCACUAGAAGCAUUGAUGAUAUUGCAUCCGAGUCUUACUUCGGUCCUGUGAUCCACACAUCCACCGAGGAGAGUAGUACUUCGACGCAUGAAAUAUUAGACCAAACUGGUGAAAAUACAACGCAGUCUAUAUUGGAAUCAAAGGCUGAUAUUUCUACGCCUACUUCUUCUUCAAAUUCGGAAUCGACAUCCACUGUUGAACCAACAUCGACGCCUGCAUUUGUGAGCAGCACUAGUGAAACAGUUUCUACUGAAACUUCUACAAUCGAAGCGUCAAGCAGUACAGAGAAUAGCAAGGAGUUCAGUAUGACAACAAGCGCUUCAGUGGCUGACAACGCUUCGACUACGGUUGCUGCUAGUAAUAAAGAAGUUACUACAUCCACGGAAACUUCACAAGAAACACCACUCGCCAUUGGUAAUACUGAGUCUACAACUACCACCAACUUCAAGCCAACUGAAUCGACGACUACAGAACUGGAUUCCACUAGUACCACAAUCGGAAUUUCUAGUACCACUUUAACUGAUUCAACUACAACCAUUUCAACGACACCUUUGGUGUCUUUGGAGACAAGCUCUACGGAUCUUUACAGUUCCUCAACCAGCUCACCUCUUCCCAGCACCGCAAGGCCACAGACAUCCACCACACAUACCACAAACUCACCAUACUCCAGCACCGCAGCCACACAAACCGUUUCAACUGUCAUCUCUUGGUACACUUUCUCAACGUCGGCACCCUCACCGCCCAUACCACAACCCACGGUCUAUCAGCCUAGUGUACGACAAUUCUUCACACGUCCCGAGGUUCGUUAUAUAGGCGCAACAGUAUUUGUCGCUUUCACGGUCAUAUGCGCGUUGGCGGUGUGGAAAUUUUGUAUGCCAUCACGUAGCGAGAGACUAAAAAAUCAUUAUCGAACGGUGCCCAGUUCGGAAGCGACCAGUUUGAGUCACAUCUCAAGUACGUCGCACUCGUCUAUGGCAUAGAUGGCGGGCGGAUGGCGUUAAUGUAGGAAAUAAAGCGAGAUUAAGUGUUAGAAGGUGCUGCUCAUGAUGCUCAGUGGUGGGCGCAGGCUUUUGGAAACUGAAUUACAUAUGUUGUUGUAGUUAAGAAACUUAGUCAAGUUUAUGUUUAAACUGCUUCGGUGGGUGUGACAUUAUUUAUUUAGUUUUGAGGGUUAAUCGCUUUUAAAAGAAUUAUAGGUAGAUUGAGUGUUGAAUUACUGAGACCCUUAAAGUGUUACAAAUGUUGGGUGUUUCAAAGAACUCAAAAUAAAAUCAUGAUAUUACAUAACGUAAAUGUUUAAACAAUAACCAUAUGGUGUAUUUAGCAAAGUCAGGCACCAGACUUGCACUGCUUAGCCAAUUUCCACACCUAAGUGGAUUUUUCUUGAAUAUAGGCUACUAUUAUGAUAUUUAACAAAAUCUGUUGUAGGACAAAGGUUUAGAGCUAACUUAUCUUCAACAAAAAAGUAGUUUCAAUAUGCAGUACAGUUCUAGAGAGUUCAUAGCCAUAUUAAUCAUUGAUAUUUCGUUGCUAAAAAGUAAUGAGAAACCAAUAAGUGUGGAAUUAUGUGCCAUCAGUACAACGCUAGACCACACACAACGGUAGUGACUCGCCAGCAGCUCAGAGAGCUGGGUUCUUAUGCAGCGAAAGAUUAUGCAAGUGAAAAAUUCGACUCUAGAGAAGCUUAUGAAUAUCGACUGCCCCAGUUUUUUACUAAUAGAGACGAGGGUUUAUAAAAUAGGGGCAUUAUGAUAUGGCAAGAAGUUAUCGAAUAAAACGUUAACUAUAUUAAACACAGCUUUCAUUUCAAUGCAAAAAUAAUGUUCUUCUUUUUAUUAGACUUUAUAGAAGUAGGUUUUGAACUAUGUAUGUACACCAACUCUGACCCUAACGAGCCGCCGUAGGCGUCGUAUUACAUUCUCAGGCCUACCGAUCUAAACGGGUUUAGAUCUCCAGAAUAACAGCCUUUGGCCGGAUAAAAUACGAGUCAAUUCCGGUGCGUACAAUCGACUGUGGUGGGAAUCGCCACUAGAAACAAGAGGGACUCUUGCGCAGCUUCGUUCUGGAUGUUGUAGCAGGUUAAACUUCUACUUAUCCGGAAUAGACCCUGAUAUAUCAUAUAUAUAUGUCAUACAUUUGUUCAGCGUGCAAUUGGUCCCACAUUACACUGACCACCUUUUUGCAUGCUCUGCUAACCCUACUUAUCUGAAAACAUUCUCCUAUUGGUCCGACCCUGUCGAAACAGCAAGUUAACUGCGCCUACCGUUGGAUGACGUCGACGACAACUUAUCUAUUCUUUACCAUCGCAACUAGGAUUAGGUACCCGUUACAACAACAACAACAUGUAUUAUAUUCCUAACUGUCACUCAGUGAUCGUUAGCUGUGGUACAGGCAUAGUCUUAAGCUUUUUGGCGCACUAUCUUGAAACGUCAAAAAUAUGUCUUAUUAAAGCUUAAAGCUUAUGGAACCCUCUAUUUGUGAUUUUGUGUAUAUGUAUGGAAUUAUAUGCAUAUAUUCACUUGGCAUUGCCGACACUAUAAUCUCAGCAAGCAAAUAAACCCACAAAACUAUGAAAGUGUCAAUACAAUCACCAGCAAUUAUUGGAAAAAUAUUCAACUAAAAAAACAAAAUUAUAAUUCUCAUUUUAAAUCUUAAUUUAACAUUGUAUUUACUUAGGAAUUAAGCACUACACUAUGGCAAAUGAUUAUUUUUCAUUUUUUUGUAACAAAUUUUACUAUUAAAAUGCAUAUGUGUGCAUUAUAUUGGAAUGUACUGAAAGAAAGCGCGAAAAAAUCAGCAAUUGGCAAAGAUAAUUUAAAUAAUAAAUUUUGUAGGCGUUUACGUGUGUCCAAAGACAGCAAAAAAACAAAAAAGGAACAACAAAUUCUCACACAAAUAUUUAUUUUUAAUUUAUUUGCAUUUUUUCUCUAUUUUUGUUUUUGUACUGUCGCAUUAUUUAACGUAAUUGGCAAUUGUGUAAUAAUAUUUUUAUUGGCAAUUAAAAUCGCAUUAAAAUCAAUGUGUACAAAUUCAUUGUGUUUUUUGUUGUUGUUUAUUCAUUUUAUUUUCCAUUUCCUGAUAUGAAAUGCGUGUCAUUUCAAUUUAGUGAACGCUUUUUGUUAUUGUUUUUUUUUUGUUCUUAUAUUUUUUUUGUAUUUUUAUGGAAAUUUUUUUUGUUUUGCGUUGAAAAAACGCCUACAUUAAUUAUGCACACACACACUGACACACACGAAUCAGAAGACAUUUGCAAUUAAACUGAUUUAUUUUUAUUGACAUAGCUAUAAUUUACAGAUUAUGUAAUAUAAUAUAUUUUUAAUUUAAAUUAUAUAAAUACAUAGGUAUGUUUAUAUAUAAAAUGUGAUAGGACAAUGUUCCAGAAACGGUUUUGUUUUUAAGCAGGCAAUAUAGCACGCAGGCAAGCUUGAAAAAAUAUGAUGAGGUAUAAUGUAUACAUACAAGCACGUGUGAAAGUUUUCAAAUUGAACAAAAUAAUUUUUUUUAUAAUUUUUUUUUUUAGAUAUUCGAAGCGUUGUCGGAAUUUUAACAAUUUUUUUUUAAUAAUUUUUUUAAGUCAUGCGAAGCAUUUUUUAAUUUUUUUUAAUCCUUUUUUUUAUAAAUUUUAUUCUAUUUCAAGCAAAUUAAUUUUUUUUAUUUUUAGUAAUUUUUUUAUUAUUAUUAUUUUCCAAGCUCUUCAGACCAUUAUUAGAAUUUCAAAAUGUUU